AUGUGUUUUAUCGUAGGUGACGCAUCCACAGCUCUCUCACUAUCGUUGGCUAGCAAUCAACGCUGCCGACACACUUCGCUAAAUGUCUUUGCUCUUGGUGAAUCAACUGCUGGCACUACCCACAGUGGAGGUCGAAAUACCAUGUCUAGAACAACCUCAGGAGAAGCAACAGCCCUUCAAAAUGAUCCCGGCCUUCGGUGGAAGAUCUCCUACCUGGGUGUUUGGCCCUCACACCAAAUUGAGCUUCGACGUGCCCUGAAACUAGUACAUAAUGCCCUAUGUCUGAGCAUGCCCCAUAUUAUCAACUCAGCCAUCCUGAGUUGUCACAAGAAUCUCUUGUGGUAUCGUCUCUUUGACGCUCAAUACUUUCCUUCUGCUCUUACGUCUGCUGCUCCACCAGUGCCACCAUCCAAUGCCGAAGAAGUCGAUGAAAUCGGUCAAGAGGCUGUAUCUCUUCUCCUUCCUGAGACUACACAUCGUGGGUUGUCUUGUGAGGAGUUCCAUGACCUCAUAAACUCAGCGCCUCUAAAGGUGGACCUCCUUCGAAUGGAUCCAAGGCUUUUGGAUUUGCUAAAUAUUUGUGGAGAGCACUUGACCUCUUCUGUGGUGAAUCACCUCAACUCCAGUGGUGGAAAAGCAGUUGCUUUCCUAUUCAAUGAUGUCAUUGAAUUGGGUAGUAGGUGGACACACCUGGCAGUUAUUGAUCCCUCUUUCCGUGAAGGCCUUAUUCACAUCUCCUGGAGGCGUGAACGCGGAUCAUUUCGACGGUCUCAGAGAUCAUUUUUACGUUUCAUUUGGGAGACCAAGGUCGAAAAAUCGCCGUCAGCCAUUUCCAAAUUUUCCUCGUUUUUACGAAACAUAAUGGCACCCAUGAAGGAACCUAUAGAGGGGAUUUCACUGUCUGAAGCCUCAGGGGAGAUCGAAUCCUCCUGGAAGUUCUGC